CUGUGCUGUAUAGGUCAGCCUGUUCGGUUUAAUUCAUUCUUAAACUCAUAUCUCAGUUGACAGCCAGGUAGUGAUUUUAGCAUAAAGGUUAAAUUAAUUAAUCAAAAUAAAAAUAAAACAUAUUUCAAACUUUUAAGUCAAAUAAAAUAUACAUAUUUACGGCAUAUCAAUGACAUGAAUCCCGUUAUCGGAGAAUUGAUAUCACGGACAUGGGCAAUAAGAGAGGAUGCCAUGUUAUAAGCCUAUGAGUAAAAAUUUGAGAUGUCGUUAAUUUGUUUAGACAGGCUGUACAUGUAAAGGAAAUAAUUUGAACAAACCGAACCAAAUGCAUUGUCUUGCCGCUAGGACGCAAUGUGAAUGUUCACAAGUUAUUACUACCGAUAAAGACGAAUAUUGGAGAAGACAAACCUUGUCGUCACCAUGCACUCCUGGGUUACACCGGUCGUCUUCGUGGUGAUAUGCUGGUUAUCGUCAAUUUCUCAGGCACAGUUAAGUGAUCCAGAUAUUCGCAACAUCACCGCAUCAGCUGGUGAUGAUGUUUUACUCGACUGUGAACCGCCUGAUGGAGUAGCCAUCUUGAUCAGUUGGAAUAAAGAUAACGACGUCGUACAGAUUACUGAUGCUUACAGAGAUGGUCGUAUAUUUCUCGAUCAAAAGGAAGGUAUGGUGAUUUUGAACUCCGAACUAUGGGAUCGAGGCAUGUAUUCCUGUCUUAUCCUCACGCAAGAUUCUCAGAUCAUCACACAUCGAUUCUGGCUUGACAUAGCACCACCAACUGAUUCAGAUGUAGACAGUAAUAGCGCAUUUCAGUGUGGUUACUGUAGAGUCCGAGGGAAAGUAGUUGGUGGCAAGGUCUCCAACGAGGGUCAGUCUCCUUGGACAGUUCUGCUAUGGAACACCAAUGAAGGUAAACCACUCUGUGGGGGUGUCUUACUCAACCGAAGAUGGGUAGUGACUGCAUCACAUUGUUUCUCCCUCUCUGGUCUUUCAAUUGAUGAAUUUGAGAUUCGACUUGGUGAGCAUGAUAUUGAGAGUAUCUCUAACAACGAACGGACGUUCCGAGCUGAACAGAUCAUCAAGCAUCCAAACUUCAACGAACAGACAUAUGACUCAGACAUUGCUCUCAUCAAACUCCAGCAGCCGGUUACGUAUACCGAUUACAUCAUUCCACUUUGUUUGCCUAGUGAGCUGAGAGCUGAAGAACUUUUGAAAGCGGGUACCAGAGGUUUUGUUACUGGAUGGGGUAAUACUGAAGAAGCCGGUGAUUACUCUCGAUACCUCAGGAGGGUCCGUUUGACGAUCGCCAGUAUGCAGGACUGUGGCAGAAGCCAUAUUGACAUCAUCACGAAUAACAUGUUCUGCGCAGAUGGAGGGCGCAAGGCAGAUGAGCGUGAUGCCUGCCAAGGAGAUAGCGGUGGUCCCUUUGUUACCAAGGAUAACAACCGAUGGUAUCUUCUCGGUAUAGUGAGCUGGGGAGUAGGCUGUGCCCGUCCAGGAUACCCUGGAGUAUAUACAAGGGUGCAUCGUUUCAGACAGUGGAUCAUGGAUCUCGUACAGCAGGAUAUGCAGACAUGUGAAGAAUCUUCAUUCGAGUUAGGUGAAGACCUUCGUGCCUCGAUCAAAGAAUCCAACAAUCUUCGUCUUUUAAACCAGGAGCAACAGCGUGCCAUUGAAUACCUCCAAGAAGAACUCGAUAGAAGAGAUGAAGAAAUGUUUGGUCUUUAUGAACGCAUCGAAGCUUUCGACUGUCCCGAUGCCGUCCCGACAUCCACCACACCGCCGUCAACGAUCGCUUCAACAACGACAAACAUCCCAGUGGUCACCGAGACGAGACCGUCGACUACGAGAGCUCCUAUCCAAGAGGAUGCCGUCCCAUGCCGUCAUAAUAUGUGUUGGCAUGUCAGUAGCCUCGCUCGUUGCCAUGGAGGAUACUGUAUAUGUGAUUCUCCUAACUAUUCAAGGAUAUCAUGCCUACCGAUUGUAGGUCCAUGCCGCAUCUAUCGCAACAACUCCUAUGCCUUAGCAACGGCAACAUUCCGAGAUGACUCGAGGACAGCAGAUACCUACGCGUGUGAAGGAAACCCUGAAUCUAACGUGCAUGUCAUCAGUGUCUAUGAAGGUCCCGUUCACACCAGACCAGCUUCUCCUGGUGAUGUUCACGUUCGAGUUACUGGAGGAGAUCAGGGCCCGAUCACUAUCGUGUUUAGUUCGUAUGAACCUGUCCGGUGGAUUGUCUCUAUCGAUGAAGGCAUCGUUGUUGAUAAAUUUGUGUUGACUGGUUACUAUCUUGACCUGAGUAGCGUUGAAGUCGACUCACUCUCCCACACAAACAUUACGGUUGUGACAGUCAGUCGCAUCCCCUUCGGGUAUGGCACUGACGGUGAUGGCGUCCUACACACUGCAGAGUUCCUCAAGUAUGUCCAGAACACCUAUGGUGAAGUUGGGUCUUUCUCAGGUACCCAACGGGCUGACAGAUGGGUUCUGACUGUUCCGGGAGAACCUCCGAUUGUUGAUUCAAUGGGACUUCCGUUACCACUUAUUCCAAUGGCAAGAGUGGAAUCCACCAUAUCCCGCACGGAAUGGACGCGACAAGAAUUCUGUUACGAUGCCUCAUUCUCUGCUUGCCAUGGCGAUCAGUACGUCAAAAAAUUGGGUGGACCGGAAGAUUCCGACUUCUAUAAUGUCCGAUAUGUCGGGGUUGUGCUGUGCAGGACACCGUAUCAUUACAAGAUCUUCCUGGCUGACGAUCCUCAGGGAACGUUCCAGAACAUUGGUGAUCAGAGUGGAGGAGGGGAGGAUCACUGUGAGUUUGUUGGAGGGAAUCCACAAAACCAAAGUCUAGUUAGGACAUCACAGGACUGGAUGAUCAUGCCAGCAAUAUCAGGAUACUAUCGCAGCCACUGGGGACAAGGCGUCACGUUUGGUGAUAUAGGAGGUGGCAUGAAUACUUGGACUGGCAAGAUUAUAGUCAGUUGGUACAACUGUGGUAUCUCUAUUCCUUGAUGCAAACUUUGCCUAAACCAUCAAAAUGUAUCUUACAAAGAAGCUAAGGGCCAUAAUCUUCAUCUGUGUAUGAAGAUAAAGCCCCAUUGGCUGAUGUUAUUUCAUCUGCAUGUGAACUCAAAAGACUGCAAAAUUUGCAUUAGGUACCAAUCAAAAUUGAUUUGUUAAUGUUAGCCCUUCUAUUUUGAUCCAUCUCUUUCAAAAUAAGAAUUAACAACUGAUGAAUCUCCUCUUUUCAUUCAGGUGUUGUCACUGAUUAUCAGGAGGUAGGGGUAUUCAUAAAAAUACUGAUCAAAUCAUAUAUUUUAGAACAAAUUACUUGGGUGGUAUUUUCUUAUCUCAGUAAUGUGUAUAUCAGAUUUAUCUCUCAUCAUUUUAAAGGUAAUAAUUCUUGUAAGGGAGCAAAGGCAUGUAUCCAAAUUCCUGAAAUAGACUGCUCUUGUAUCUUGAUUUUUUUAUUCAUAAAAUCUCAUUUAAAUUGACUUAUCUUUAUUCUUUAAGCUGUACUUCUGUUAUUGUACACAGCCCAACCAUGGAUUACGUUAAACCUAACUGUUCUUUAUAAUUAGUAUAUUUUGAACUCUCUCAGCCUUAUUCUAUAGUAAAUGUGUUGAGUGAAUCACUGGGAGUGAUUUACCGAUGCAAUAUAUACAUGUGUACAUUUUGCUGUUGCACAGAUUUUCUUCCAAUAAAACUAUAUUUUAUCAAUA